AUGGAAACGGGUCUAGGAGGUUCCCUGUCGAUGAUGGAGGGCUCGCUCUGUGGCUUCCGCCUCGACGCCCUUGAUCUCGAUAGAUACUUCACUAUUCUCACCAAAGCUGGUAACUGUUCCCAGUUGGGCUUCAUGGGCGUCAAUAUGCAUAUCAGUGAUGGAGGGACUAUGCUCAGCUCGGUCACCACCGGAUGGAAAUCAGAGCUCCUGGCCAACGCCAAAGUCGUGUGUCCAUCGUUGCGUAGAGAGUCGGUCCUUCGGGAUGUUAAGAAGUUCUCCUAUAAGAACCUUAUCGAAUCUUCAAGGCUCGAUGUAUCGGCUAUUUUCCAGGCGAUGCGGC